CAGUGAAAUGCAAAGGCAAGUGCCCAACAAUUCAAUGUCUUGAUUAUUCCAGUGUAGAAUGCUGCUGCAGAGACAUUCCUUCAAGUUUCCCAAUUGGCGCUCAGUUCCUAGAGCCUAUUCCAUCUACUUGGGCACACUCAACGCCCUCAUUGGUCUCUCACUCAUCAAGACCCAUCUGCUCUCAUAUUCACUUAUCGUUCCAUGAUGGCAAUCCCAUAUCACCUUCUCGAAGUGUGUGGUAGCAUCAUCUUUGCUGCUCGAGGCAGUGAUAUUCACUCCUUCACCUCUACUUUUGAGCAUAUUUCAACAUGGGAGUACCCUGUGAAGCAAAGGGAGGCGUCGUGCGCUCCAUCCCCGGCAGCUCAGGAAUCGCCCGCCCCGGAAGAACCGCCAGCUAAGCGCAGGAAGGUUCAGGAUGGCCAAGAGUCUACCUCCAAAGGGCAGGUGAACGGACCAAAGGCCACCCAGGAGAAAGUUGUGAACGAGAGACCUUUCAUUCAGGGGCUCUACGUCACAACAGACGGCCAUCACCUAGUAGCCAUUACGGGCUCUGACAAAACCAUCUGGGUCUUCGAACAUGACGGAGCAGGCAACCUUAAGCAACUCAGCCAGAGAACAAUGCCCAAACGCCCCUGUGCCCUCGCCCUCACCGCGGACAACCGCACCAUCCUCUCGGCCGACAAAUUCGGCGACGUCUAUGCGCUACCUCUAAUCCCGUCCAACAGCCCGUCAACAUCCCCCCUACCACCCCAGAACUUCAAUCGAUCCCGCAGUUCCCUCACCCCAACCCCUUCCCCUGGCCCAGCAGCUGCCCUCAAACCACAAGCCAAUGAGCUCACUGUGCACACCAAACGCAACCUGAUAGCGCUCGAAAACCAAAAGAAGUCCCUCAGCCGCAAGUCCGCCGAACAGCAAUCCCAGUCAUCAGGCGCAACACCGUCAUUUGAACACGCCCUCCUGCUGGGACACGUAUCCAUGCUCACCGCCAUCUGUGUUGCCACCUUAACCACCACCACCACCACCACCAGCAGCAGCAUAUCCUUAAGUAACGACGGACAACAACAACCACAACAGCAGCCUGAGACCCGAACCCCAACAACAGCGAAGGAAUACAUCCUCACAGCCGACCGGGACGAGCACAUCCGCGUGUCGCGGGGGAUGCCCCAGUCCCACGUCAUUGAGGGCUUCUGCCUCGGGCACGACGAGUUUGUCAGCCGGCUGUGCGUCGCGCCUGGCGGGAGGGAGAGGGUGCUGAUCUCUGGCGGCGGCGACGACGACCUGUUUGUGUGGGACUGGCCGGCCGGCCGGCUGCUCUGCCGCGCUGGGCUGGCCGGGCACGUCAAGGAUGCGAUGGUGCUUGUUCCUAGCGGGGGUGAUGGCGAUGGCGGUGAUGGUAACGGUAACGGUGAUGGACAGGGCGCAGGUGGCAAACAGGUCAAAGUUGCGGUUACGAAGCUGCUUGCGAGCCGCUGGACGGGGUGCGAGACGGUUGUGUUUGUUGCGUGUGAACGUGUCCCCGCCAUUUUCUGCUACAACCUCCUGGACGAUAACACGCUCCGCCACCGCGAAACCGUGGGCCUGCCCGGUAACCCACUCGAUGUGGAGCUGCUGGGCGCCGGGCGGCUUCUGGUUGCCGUCGACUCGGUCACUUCUGGCGAGGGAAGCAGUGCCGCGUCAUCCUUGAUGGUGCUGGACCAGCAGCAGGCUGGGUCGGAAGGCGAGGCGGGUUGGCGGCACACCCCCGUCGUUCCCACGAACGAGUCGGCCGGCGGAGCAGCUGACAUCAACCUCAGCACCGAAGAGUUGCAAAAGAUCCUGUAUACUACCGAGAGUCUGCGCAAGAUGACAGACUCUGACUGAUGGGAUCACGCUACAGUAGCCUGGGAUGGAGAAGGAGAAAUCAUAUCAAGCAGAGCAUAAGCCAGUUGAGGCAGCUGGAUCUUCACCACCUCGUGUACUUCUGUUGUAGCAACUGAUAGUAGAAAGACAGCGUGAUUCUGAAAACCAACCUUCCAAAUGCCCAGUUCAAGACAAAACACGUUCUGUUGAACCAGCUGGUUGGAAAUGAGGCUUGCCUACCAAACAUAACUCCAAUCCGCUGUGCAUCCUGACCGUGGAAUCACAAAAAGUCACAAAGACUCACUCAAGAGGCCA